UCGCCAAGCCGGUGAGCUCCAUGAAUGUACUUUUGGAGACCCUCCCCCCUGGAUGCAGAGAAAAGGGCAGUGGGCACACACAAAGCCAACACAGGGGUCACAGAUAAAGAGGACGGGCCAAAGGGGGGCGGUCACAUGAUGAUAGGAGCAGAGACGGAGCAGGACACAAACUGAGCUCAGAGCUGAGGACAUGCUCUACAAGCUUCUGCUUCGUUAUUUCCUGUCUCCUGCUUUCACUAUUUCACUGUCCUGCUCCUCUAUCAUUGCCUCCCUGUCCAGCAUCCUUUUGUGAAUCUUUUUGACACCACCUUUUCCCUUUUCCCUCCACCUCUGCCUCCCUGCUGCCUCCUGGUUCAGGGUUCGGACACUUUUUUCCUUCCUUCAGCGUCUCCUUGCGUCCUACAGUACCUUUUGGAUGGAUAGCUACUCUGUCCUCUACAGUUCUGCCCACAGAACCGGGCUCCUCUCCGGCUUCCAGCGCCUGCGCUCUGAGGGGAAGAUGUGCGAUGUUGUCCUCGUGGCCGGUGGUGUAUCAUUCCCAUGUCAUCGCGCCCUUCUGGCCAGCUCCAGCGAGUAUUUUUGGGCUCUGUUUGGAGACACUACUGCGGAGAGAUUAGCAGGCUCCGUUCGACUGCCGGCACUCACGUCCGAGGGCCUAGAUGCCGUUCUGGACUUCCUGUACUCAGGCUGGCUCAGCUUAUCCCCCCCUACGCUUCCCAUGGUCCUGGAGUCGGCCAGGUACCUGCAGGUGGAGACGGCCGUGUCCAUAUGUGAGCGGUUCAUGAUCGACGGGUUGGGCGCCCCCACCUGCUGCUCGUACGCCAACCUGGCGGAGCGCCACGCGCUCCCAGAUGCACUCGAGGCUGCCAAUCAGACCAUCGCUAUGGAGAUGGGGACACUGCUGCAGAAAACCAGGGGUGACCUUCUUGAGCUCAACUUGCAGUCGCUGAUGGCGGUGCUCGACGCUCAUGAAAUACCUGGCGUGAAGGAGAUGGAGCUGGUGAAGCUGGUGCUGGAUUGGCUGGAUGGAAACGGACCCCUCCCGCUGCUGAAGUCCAACCUGCUGCUGAGUCGGCUGCGCUUUGGAUUAGUUUCAGCUUUAGACCUGGCCCAUCUUAAUCACAGAGCCAUGGCCACACCGUUGAUACGAAGCCAGCUGACUCGGGCUCUGGAGUACCACCGAGUGGUUCCAACGCAGCCCGUCAGGCAGAGCAGGCAGUCCACGCUGCGAGCGUCGCCCGGUCGCGUGCUGCUGGUGGGAGGAGGGCCCAGCGCCGACUGGCCUGACCAGCAGGUGCUAGCGUUUGAUUACAGGAGCAGGAGGUUCUCAGCCCUGAGCUCGCGGCUCCCGCUGCGUCUGAGGAACCACUGCGUCUGCUCGGUGGGAGGGUUCCUCUUCGUGAUCGGAGGCGAAGAGGUGCAAGAGGGGGACGAUGACGGGAAGAAGUGCUUCACAGCGGCAGCGUCCAAUCAGGUGUGGCGCUACGAUCCUCGCUUUGACUGCUGGGUGCAGGUGGCGUCCAUGCUGGAGAGGCGGGCCCAGUUCGGCUGCUGCGUGGUGGGGGACGUGAUUCACGCCGUCGGAGGCCGGCAAACGCACGCGAGCGCGCCGGUGUCCCUGGCUUCGGUCGAGUCCUUGGACCUGUCCACAGGAACGUGGAGGAGAGGAGCGGCCAUGCCUCGCCCGCUCUACGGACACGCCGCCGCUGUGCUCCACGGCCGUAUCUACGUGUCCGGUGGUCGCCCCGGAAACCAGGACUGCAUUCACAGCAGCAAUGACCCCGACAACCAGGACGAAAACAGGCAUAGCACCAGAGAAGUCCUCUGCUGGGACCUCAAGGGCAGAGUUUGGGAGAAAAGGGCGCCCAUGUCCAUCGCCAGGUUCAGCCAUCGCCUAGCAGCCGUCCACAACUACAUGUACGCCCUGCUGGGGAUGUACGAGCCUUUCUGCGAUAUCGAGCGGUACGACGCGCAGUCAGACCACUGGGUGCGGCUCAAACCGCUCCUCAUUGGCUCCUUCAACUACGGGGUGGCGCCAACGCCAUCGGGAAACCUCCUGAUCUUUGGAGGAAGAAGGUGGAGUCACGGACAGGAGGUGAUUGUGAAGACCGUUUUGGAGUACGACCCAAAGAAAGACCAGUGGAGGGAGAUCAGCCAGCUCCCCCGACCUCUCACUGGCACUGAGUGCACACUGCUGCCCCUGCCGGAUUAACGUUCACAGUUUGUAGUUGUGCUCAAAAGGUUGAGAACAGUUUAGAAAUCAGAAAUAAUUAUCUGACGCUUUGAUCUAGUAAACACUCGAUCAAGAUAAUCAGACGCCCUGAAGUAACGGUUUGUGUCAUGAGAGAAAAAGUUAGAAAGGAAAAUAUGAUCCUUCACUGACUCUGAGUCAGCCAUCAAAAAAGCUAAUUCCUUCUGAUUUGACUGAACUUUGGUCGAAUGACUUGCGUUUAGACGACUUGCUUUUGUUCACAGGUGGAUGCAUUUCCCUGUGUUUGCUUCAUGAUGCAGACUUGUUUCUAAGCCUUUUUACCUGGUGGUACUGGUUCUAGCUAACAGAGUGGUUUCAUGUAAAUGUUAAAAUAUUACAUAAUAUAAAGAUUCAUCCUGUAUAAAUAUCAAUACCAAUUACAAAAUUUCACAUGCUAAAAUUAGCAUUUUAUUGACAUUUUCAUGAAAAAAGAAAAAGCAUGAGAACAAACUUUUUCCCCUGUGCGUGAAUGUGGGAAUGUUUCAGGAAGAUAAAUGCAUCUGGAGCUAAGGAGAGAGAUAAAGGGGCUUUAGAGAACAAGCAGAGGGAGAUUUAGUGGGAACAAGGUAUUUCUCAAACAGAUGAGCCUGAGCCGAGCUGCAGAGGAGGAACAGGAGAAAAGUCAGAACGGAAGGAGGUGAAUGUGGGGGGGCACGUGUGAAAUGAGCAUAGCUGCAGAGCUGCAGAGCUGCAUACGCACACACUACCGGUGACACUCCCCUGUAUUUACUGCUGAGGAGUAACUGUCUGUGCGGUGGAUGUGUAGAUGGAAGUGGCCCAUCCUCCGUUUUGUUUGACCCGCUUCCAUUUGCACUGACAGGCGACGUGGGAUGAAGCAGGAAACUGUGCUCAGACUGCGAGAGUAAUAGUGAGGCAAUUAUUCCCAUUCCUUUGUGCUCGGUUCUAAUUAAUUAUGAAUAAAUGCUCUCUUAGAGGGUUAAAUACAUUUGACUAUGUUUGAAUGCUUUAGAAAGUGAUUAGAUACUCAGAACUACAGUACAAAUUAUUAAUAAUAAAUAAUAAAGAUAAUAUAUUUUAUAAAGGUUUGUUGUAUUUUAUGAAUUUUGAUGCACCAAGUAAAUUGAGGGGUCACAUGAUAAGUUAUUAAAAAAUAUCACAUUUAA